UUCAGUUCAGGGAUGUCACCAACGAUCAGCGUGGAAUGUCGCACUUCAACUGGACUCUGGACACGGGCACCAACUACCACAUCCUCAGGACUGGCUGCUAUCCUUAUAUGAAGUAUCACUGCAGCAGGCGCGAGGUGCAGGAUCUUUCGCUCGAAGACAAGUUCUUUCGUGUUCUGAAAGUGAUCAAUCUGGGCUUACCUAUGCUCUUCUAUGGACUGGCUGCCAUUCGCCUAAUCAGUCAUACAGAGAUUGUUCAUGUCAGCGAGACGGUAAAGGUCCCAAUAUAUUUCCUGUAUGCUGAGGAUAAGGGAGCUCGGUUCUAAUUUUGAGGCAUUAAAAUGAUAAAUGUCAACAUUUUACAACUGGGCUGCUCAGGGCAGCGACCUUCUCUCCCGUAUAUUAUACAAGCUCGCCAGCAAUAACAUAAUUACACUCUAAAUAACAAAACCA